CAGCCUUUGAUUAGUCAAUUCAUUUUGGGACAAGCUAUUUUAAACGAAAACGUAUAAAUAACGCCUUCAAUUUCUUUACCCGUACAUUCAAUACUCUUCCUUCCCCUCUCUCUUUCUCUCUCUCAUUCAAAAACACACAUUUCGUGCUCGUGUCCUUCAUUUAUCAGUAAAUGGACUCAACAAUGGAGGAAGAGGUCGACGAAACUGAAUUUCAAUCUCAGGUCUACAUGGCAUGUGUCAUGCAUGGUCAUAGAGUUGGAGUUUCCUAUUAUGAUUCCAGUGUUCGACAACUUAGUGUGCUAGAAGUUUGGGAGGAUGGUGCAGAUUAUUCAUUUAUUGAUUUGGGUAUGAAUUUCAUUUUCAUAUUUUUGUGAUACAUGAUCUAGUAAAGCUGUAAAGGGAUUGUUGGAUUACUGAUGUACUGUGUGUGGGUUGGAACCAUGUAAUAGACCAUUGCCAAUUGCUCUUUUUUUUUUUUAUAUAUAUAUUCUUGCUGCCAUUUCAAUUCAAUGUAAUCAUGUUUUUUUUAUUUUGACUUUACUAUAUUUUCAGUGAAAUAUCAGGCACAGCCUUUGAUCAUUUACACCAGCACCAAAGUUGAUGAGUCAUUCUUAUCGGCUUUACAAAGAAGUGUGCAGAUGGAUUAAACUUUACUCCCACAGUGAAACUUAUGAAAAGUUCAAUUUUUAGCUAUGAACAAGCUUGGCACAGAUUGAUAUAUCUCAGAGUUUCAGGAAUGGAUGACGGUUUGAGUGUCAAAGAGAGGAUUGCUUUUCUUAAUUCUAUGAUGGAUAUUGCAAGUGAGGUUCAAGUUCGUGCUAGUGGGGGCCUUCUUGCAAUACUGGAGAAUGAAAGGAUUGUGGAUACCCUUGAACCAAAGGAGUAUGGCGAUGCAUCUAUUUCUAUUGAUUGUCUAACAGAGGUUUCACUAAAUAAUUUCCUCAAACUGGACGCAGCAGCUCAUGAAGCAUUGCAAAUUUUCCAAAUAGACAAACAUCCAAGCCAUAUGGGAAUUGGUCGAGCAAAAGAAGGGUUCUCUGUCUUCGGAAUGAUGAACAAGUGUGUUACACCAAUGGGUCGACGUCUCUUGAGAAACUGGUUCCUCCGACCCAUACUUGACCUUGAAAUUUUAAACAGUCGGCUUGAUGCUAUAUCAUUUUUCUUGUGUUCUGAAGAGCUUAUGACAUCUAUACGAGGAACACUUAAAUCCAUAAAAGAUGUCCCCUACAUACUGAAGAAAUUCAAUUCCCCAAGCUCUGUAUGCACAACCAGUGACUGGGCAGCUUUUCUUAAGAGCCUUUCUUCUCUCCUGCACCUGAACAAGAUAUUCGAAGUUGGCAUUUCUGAAAGUUUGAGGGGGCAUGCCAAUCAAUUUUAUCUGGAUAUUGCCGAGAAGGCAGCCUCAUGUGUUACAACAGAGCUCUCUUAUAUAUAUGAACUGGUUAUUGGCAUCAUUGAUGUCACUAGAGAAAAAGAGAAAGGUUACGGGACAAUUGUCAAAGAGGGUUUCUGUGAAGAGUUAGAUGAACUGAGACAAAUAUACGAGGAGCUGCCUGAACUUCUGGAAGAGGUGUCGUCACUGGAGCUUGCACGACUGCCUAAUUUGCAACGCGACGAGCAUGUUCCAUCUAUUGUUUACAUACAUCAAAUAGGAUACUUGCUGUGCAAACUUGAUGAAAAAUUUGAUGAGUGUACUCUACAGACGCUUGAAGAUCUUGAAUUUGCUUUUUCUGAUGGUGAAAAUGAGCCAAAAAGGUUUUUCUAUCGUACCUCAAAGACACGGGAGUUGGACAACCUUCUUGGGGACAUAUAUCACAAAAUUCUGGACAUGGAGAGGGUGAUUACAAGGGACCUGAUAUCACAUGUUCUCUUAUUCUCAACACAUUUGCUUAAAGCUAUGAACUUUGCAGCAGAACUUGACUGCUUUUUGUCUUUGGCUUUGGUUGCUCGACAAAACAACUAUGUAAGGCCUAAUUUGACUACUGAUGCCAUACUGAAUGUACAAAAUGGAAGACAUGUUUUGCAGGAAAUGACAGUAGAUACGUUUAUCCCAAAUGACACAAACAUACUUGAUGAAGGAAAAAUUAAUAUCAUAACUGGUCCAAACUAUUCUGGGAAAAGCAUCUAUAUAAAACAGGUAGCCUUGAUUGUUUUCCUCUCUCACAUUGGGAGUUUUGUACCUGCGGAUGCUGCUGUGGUAGGAUUAACUGAUAGGAUAUUUUGCGCAAUGGGAAGCAAGCUCAUGGCUGCUGAACAGUCUACAUUUAUGAUUGAUCUACAGCAAGUAGGCAUGAUGUUGAGGCAAGCUACGUCACGAUCUCUAUGCCUUUUGGAUGAAUUCGGUAAAGGCACACUUACAGAAGAUGGUGUUGGUCUUCUUGGUGGAACUGUGAACUAUUUUGCUGGUAAUGAUGAUACUCCAAAGGUUUUUGUUUGCACUCAUUUGACUGAAAUAUUUCACAAGAAUUUGCUGCCAAAGUCUGAAAAAAUCAACUUCUACACGAUGAGUGUGCUGAGACCUGAAGAAAGCAGUAUGCCUUCAGAAGACAUUGUGUUUCUGUAUAGAUUAGUUCCAGGACAGGCACACUUGAGUUAUGGCCUACAUUGUGCAAUGCUUGCUGGUAUUUCUAAUGAUGUUGUAAAAAGAGCAGCUGAGAUACUGGAUGCAACUGGGAAGGGUAAUCAUGUUGAGCGACUCUCAAAUGAGAAUAUACAGGCUCAAGAUCAACAAUACCAGGAAGCACUUGAGAAACUAUUGGCAUUUGACGCUAGCCAUGACAGCCUCGACCUGUUUUUUGAAGGUAUGUUUCGUGCUUCUUAGGCAAGACAAGACUCAGAUGUUUUGCAAUUCUCACGCUUUAAGACUGGACCUUUACUCCACUUUCAAAAUUCCGUUUGAUGAUUCGACAUCUUUAAUUUAAUUUAUUUGAACGGAAUCACGAAACUUGUUUAUAAUUUCCGUAGCACUUUCCAAUCUACUACUCCGUACUACAUACAAUAUUAUGUCUUCACCAACUUGGAAUACUAAUUUGUUGGCAACGGCAGUUAAUGCUUGUAACACUACUUUACAGGGCCACCAAUACAAAAAUAUAGCGCUAAUUUUGCUCCAA